AUGGUAACCGAACUACCAUAUGCUCUCGAUGCCGAGACACCGCUAAAUGCCUCUGAGCUUAAUGUACUAAAAGCGCAAUAUGAGCGCGAGGGUGAGAUGGUUGGCAUCCAGACCAAGUUCAACUACGCCUGGGUAACCAUCCUACGUCUUGACCUACGAGCCAUCAUACUAACUGAAUCUCAGGGCCUCGUCAAGUCCAACCAGCGAAACGACCAGCAGCUCGGUGUGCGUCUUCUCUCGGAUAUCUUCCGCAUCUCUCCCGAACGUCGCCGCGAAUGUCUCUACUACCUUGCCCUUGGCAACUACAAGCUCGGCAACUACGGCGAAGCGCGUCGGUACAACGACCUCCUUCUUGAUAAGGAGCCUGCCAACCUUCAAGCAUCCAACCUACGCCAACUGAUUGAUGACAAGGUUGCCCGCGAGGGGCUGAUGGGUGUCGCUAUUCUGAGUGGUGUUGGUGUAGCGGCGGGUGUGGUGGGAGCAUUUAUUCUGAGGAAUGCUAGGAAGAGGUAG